CACGGACCGGAAGUGAGUGUUUUGUCAGUCGCAGUCGUUUUGUAUUUGUUUAUACAUUUGUAAACUUUUUUCUUUUAUAUUGUUACUACCUUAUCGUCCACAAAAAUGGGGAAAAGGCAUAAGGAUAAGAUGUGCAGAAUACACUCAGUUUUAUGGAGGGAAGAAAUCAGCUUGCUUUUAGAAAUCCCUCAAGCCAAUUUCAGACGACUGCGCUUUGAUCAUUGCAGUUUGUCACUUCAGCCCUUUGAGUAUCCUAUGUGCACAGUGGAUGGGGUGGUAUUUGACUUAAUGAGGAUAGUGCCUUGGAUUAAGAAGUUUGGUACCAACCCCAUAACUGGAGAGAAGCUUAAGGCCAAAUCCCUCAUCAAGCUUAACUUCAGCAAAAACAAUGAAGUGGAUCAGCUGAACAUCAAGAUAAAGAAUUAUAAAGAUUUGUUGACGGAUGAGCCCUUCACUCGCCAGGAUAUCAUCACACUUCAGGAUCCUACAAAUCUGGACAAAUUUAAUAUCUCCAACUUCUUCCAUGUGAAAAACAGUUUGAAAGUCCUUGACCCUGAUGAAGAGAAAGCCAAACAGGACCCAGCUUACCAUCUGAAAAGCACCAACCUGGAGAUGUGUGAAACCCUGGCAGAGCUCUAUAGAGACUAUAAGGAAGACGAGCUGUUAGCCUCCACUAUGAAAGACCCGGAGACCAAAAAAACAGAUGGACUCAAUGCUGCUCACUAUUCCACUGGAAGAGUGUCUGCCUCCUUCACAUCCACAGCUAUGGCUCCAGCCACAGCCCAUGAAGCAGAUGUGAGAAGAAAGGCUACAUUCGUCUGCACACAAACAAAUGAAAACCUGAAUUUGGAGUUACACUGUGAUAAGAGUCAUGUGACCAAACAACAUGGCAUCGAUCACAGUGGAGUUUGUCUUUGGGAGAAAUGGCAACAGAAGUACAUCUGUUUCAGGCUGCAGAUGAUGUUUGGAGCACUCCGCAUGUUUGGCAGACAUGGGACAAUGGUACCCAAGACUGGAGAGAACUUUAUUAAACUGUGUAAGAAAGGAUAUUAUGACGGCACAGUAUUCCACCGCUCUAUUCGAAAUUUUAUGAUUCAAGGAGGAGACCCUACAGUAACUGGUACAGGAGGUGAGUCUUUUUUGGGGAAGCCAUUUAAGGAUGAGUUCAGGCCCAAUCUGUCCCACACAGGUUGUGGUGUUCUGAGCAUGGCUAACUCAGGACCAAACACAAAUAAAUCCCAGUUCUUCAUCACAUUUUGCUCAUGUGCAUACCUGGACAGGAAGCAUACUGUAUUUGGAAGAGUGGUUGGUGGUUUUGAGACUCUCACAGCGAUGGAGAACAUUGAAAGUGAUCCUAAGACGGAUAAACCCAAGUCCGAGAUAAAGGUGCUGAGCGCUACAGUAUUUGUGGACCCCUAUGAGGAAGCAGAUGCACUGGAGAGUAUUUAUUGCGGCCGAGUGUGAGAAGGAAAUACAGAAACAACAGGAAACUUCUACUUCAGUUACCAAGACAAAAAACAGAAUUGCAGCCUUAAACCUUCAGACCAGGAGUGGGCAAAUACAUUAACAUGGCUGCCAAGAAACAAACCCUCCACUAGUGAAGCGCCUGCCAAGAAACCCAAAGGUAGAUCAGGAUUUGGAGACUUCAGUUCCUGGUAGAAGCUUGAUAUGCUGUGCUGUCCUGCUUACUAGUGGCAGAUUCUUACUCUGUGCAGUGUUUGCAAAAACAUUUUUUUUCCCUUUAUGUUUGCUAUUUUGUAUUGGAAUGAUGAACAUUAUUGUAUUUUAAUGGUAUAGUUCACCCAAAGAUGAAAAUUCUGUCAUCGUUUACUCACCCUCAUGUUGUUCCAAACCCGUAUGAAUUUCUUUUGUAGAACACAAUGUUAGUCUCAGUCAACAUUCACUUUCAUUCAUUUUAUUCUAUACAAUGAAAGUGAAUGGUGACUGACGUGUUCCAUGGAAGAAGGAAAGUCAUACGGUUUUGGAAUAACAUGAGGGUGAGUAAAUGAUGACAGAAUGUUUGGGUGAACUAGUGGCAGAGACUCUUCAGUUGACACUGAAAACUAAGCCCUGUAAAUAAUGUUUUAUUUUUGUAUUUUUUUGUCAUGUGAAAUGAUGUCAUCUAUGCAGAAAUAAAUGGGUUUUGCUAAAAGUCA